UACAGACGUCAGUGCGCGCGCACUGACACGAUCGUCGCGAACGACAUCCGCACUUUUUAUCGGCCAGUGUGUCGCUUCCUUAAAAAUACUGGCCGCUAAGAAAGUCGUUCAAGUUUUUAGUGGCCAGAGAUUUUUUUUUCGAACUGGCAGUUUAGACUGGCCAUAAAGUGUUUUAAAAAAUACUGGUUAGUUUUUGUUUUCGAACAUGAAUGAAACAGUGAUGGUGUCAAACAAUACUUGGCAAUGGUACAGGGAGGCUAUCCGCUCAUGGCUGGAGGACCCUGGAGUAGCGGAGUUUCAGGGUCUUAACAUGACAGCUUUGAAGAUAGAUCAGGCUUAUAUGGUCGCCGAUUCGGAUGCUGAUGUGAAUUUGGGGGUGUAUAGCGUUUCGGACGACUGCUUUCGGUGUCCAUUCGAACUCCAGAAGAUUAUAAAGGCUGAUACACAAGAAUCCUGGAUGGUGGACACGGCACACAGAUCCUCAUGGCGGGUGUACCGGUCUUCAGAGCAGUACAUCUCUGCUACAAACACAACAGGUCUGGUGUGCCAAGUGAGGCCGGACCUUGGCCAGUUCGGGGUGUACCGGCUGAAUGCGACCGACGAGGCAUGCACCGUCAAGACCCUCAGAGAACCAGUUGACAUUUAUUUGCCCCUGCUCCUCCUGCUCGGCAUACUCCUGGGAACAUGGGUGGUCUACGGCAUCAUCCGCUUCAUCAUGUCCAGGGUCUGGAGAACCGGGAAACUGCGCUACGGAGACAAGGAGCUGGCUAUCCAGCAGCGGCUGCGAGCGCUCGACACCUUCCGCGGAAUGGCCAUAAUAUUCAUGAUCUUCGUAAACGAUGGAGCCGGUGGCUACUGGUGGUUAGAGCACGCUACGUGGAACGGUUUGACGGCAGGAGACCUGGUCUUCCCUUCGUUUCUCUGGAUCAUGGGAGUCUGCAUACCUCUGUCUGUCAAGGGCGCCUUCGCGAAGGGAGUACCAAGGUGGAAGAUCUUCGUGCAUAUUGUCAGGCGUUCCUGCAUCAUGUUCCUUAUCGGCGUGGCUCUCAACACGGUGUCAGGCCGCAACACCCUCAGCCAGAUCCGCAUCUUCGGUGUUCUCCAGAGACUGGCAGUAGCCUACUUCGUGGCGGCCGGCUUCUACGCUCUCACGGCCCCGAAGUACUUCACACCACCCAGGGUACAUGAGGGAGCAUGCGGCCAAGCUUUGAAAGACGUCUUGUCUUGCGUGUGGUGUUGGGCGCUAGCAGGUGCUCUUGUUGCAGUUCACACUGUGAUCACCUUCGUAGUUCACGACCCUGACUGUCCAGCAGGCUACCUAGGACCCGGUGGGAAGCAUGAUGACUGGGCAGCCCCCGAAUGCAGUGGCGGCGCGGCUGGCUACAUCGACCGCCUAGUCCUGGGCUCUUCGCAUCUCUACCAGUGGGCUGACCGCCGCCAGGUCUAUGGAGGACCGCAUACUGAGCCUGAAUGUUUACUGGGUUGCCUAACAUCAGCAGUGCAAGCGCUUCUAGGAGUACAAGCAGGAGCAACGGUGUUGCUGCAGCGCUCGCACAAAGCACGGGUGUCCCGCUGGCUGGCGUGGGGACUAGUUUUUGCAUUAGCCGGUGCUUUGCUGACUGGCUUCAGUCGAGAACAUGGGGUGGUGCCAAUCAAUAAGAACCUGUGGUCCAUCUCCUUCGUCCUAAUAACGACGUCUUUCUGUCUCGUCCUCCUCGUCCUGUGCUACCUGUUCACGGACGCGUGGCGGCUGUGGGGCGGCGGCCCGUUCCGCGCCCCCGGCCUCAACGCCAUCGCCCUUUACGUCGGACACAUGGUCUGUUACAACAUGUUCCCGUUCCAUUGGAAGGUGGAGAACAUGGAGACGCACACGAUCCGUCUGAUCGAGGCCGUGUGGGGGACGGCGCUUUGGGUGGUUAUAGCGCAUGUUAUGGCGAAGAAGAAGGUUUUUAUUACGCUUUAAGGGGGUUAGAAGAGUUUUUGAGAGAGUGUAAAUAUUUGUUUAGGUCAGGAUUAUAGUUUUGAGAGGAAAUCGAGCUUACUAAAGCAAGACCAGAAAUAUAUGACUAUUGUGAAAAGGGCGCUGUUAUUCUAAUGUAUGAGGUGACAGUUCAGUGUUCAGUAUAAGCAAAGACAAAUGUAACUCCGUAUAGACAGAUUUAAAGUCUAAGAAAAAAACUUACCUCAACCAUACAGAAAAAGGUACGGCGGCCUAGAUGGCGUUACACCUUUGGGGGACGCUCGGAUAGAUGGCGC